GGGACGGAGAGAGACGCGUCACUGAUGGGUAUAUUAUCUUCUUCCCGUUGCCUCUCGGGUCGCCUACUCAACGAAGAUGUGGUUGGUUGUCAAACCGAAUUAAUUAUCCGUUACUACCCAUUACCGACUACCGCUGGAUGUUCUGCUCGCGGUGACCUUGUAUCUCUCUGACGCUGAGAACAUUCUCAAUAUUGUAUUUUCUUUUCCCGACCGUUUUAGUCUGCCUGUCUCCAGUCUGUAGUCUGUCUCCAUCUCCAUGGCUACCUCGAAUGUGCUGGAGGAGUCCUGCCUGCUGCAGAGAGGCAGAUCUCACAGCGACCCGAGCAGCAUCAUCGCGGAACCUCGUGCCGCCGGAGCUACCGGAGCACAGCAUACUGCAGCAGUGAUGGAGAAGGGGGAGGGUGCUCCAGGGGGUGUGGUCUCGGGGGUGCGGACCCCUCCCGUCAGGAUGAACAGUAAACUGGCCAGUCUGGGACGGAUCUUUAAACCCUGGAAGUGGAGGAAAAAGAAACAGCAGAACUCCUCAGCUGUAGAGAGAAAGGCAGCGGUACCACAGACCCUAGACCAACUGGUUAGGAGGGGCCUGGAGACCCCAGACCAACUGUGUUGUGAGGCGUGUGGGGGGGUGGAGAACCCUCCCAGCCAAUCAGAUGCAGAGGAGGAGGAACCUCUGGCUCCCCUGGCAACCACCUCAGAGGACCUGGUCAGCGACGAAGACAACCCCUCUACAGUGGUGGACCUGACAGAGGAUAUUGUGAUGGCGGCCGUCCCCAGCCAGAGUGAGGAGGGAGGAGAGGAGGACGCGUCCCUCUGUGAGUCCUGUGUGGACAACUCUCUGGGACAGGCUGAGACAGGAGGGGGACAGGAGACACCCCGCACAAUGGACCCCCCACCCUGCCGGGCCGGCACCCCGCCACCCCCCAACCGGCCCAAACUACUGACCAGGCUGGGCAGUCUAGAGGGUCCUCACCCUUUCCCUAAGUCUAACCCAGAGAGGAAGAAGUCUCCGGCCACUUUCCCCCGGAACUUCACUCUGCCCAGAACCUCUCCGGAUUCCUUGCUGAGAGGACGGAUCACCACGCCUACUGGCUCUCCUCACCUGGGGAUGCUGCACCCCCCACCACCACCCAGCUGCAUCAUAGAGGAGCUCCAUCGCGCCCUGGCCACCAAACACAGACAGCACAGUUUCCAACCAAAGGAGAUACACUCUUCUCCGAAGCGUCGGACCGACGCUCAUCUGCUGCACACGGCCAGCGUGGAGAAAGAGCUGUUCGGAGCCUCGGAGAGAGAGAAGGAGAGAGAGAAGGAGAGAGAGAAGGAGAGAGAGAAGGAGAGAGAGAGAGAGUCAGAUGAGAACAAGGAGAACAGACGUCUAGACGAUCCUGACCGCUGGAACGACUCCAUCAUCUCCGGCACCCUGCCGCGGCGGAUGCGUAAGGAGUUGUUAACAGUGAAGCUUCGUAACCGGCCCAGUCAGCAGGAGCUGGAGGACAGAAACAUCUUCCCCGUUCGCUCAGACCUGGAGAGACAGGAGAUACGACAGCACAUAGAGACCAAGCUGGCCAAGCGGCUGAGCCAGAGACCCGCGGUAGAGGAGCUGGAGAGUCGGAACAUCCUCAAACAGAAGAACGACCAGUCAGAGCAGGAGGAGAGGAGAGAGAUCAAACAGAGACUCAACAGGAAGUUGAACCAGCGUCCUACAGUAGAUGAGUUAAGAGACAGGAAGAUACUGAUUCGUUUCAGUGACUAUGUAGAGGUGGCCAAGGCUCAGGACUACGACCGCAGGGCAGACAAACCCUGGACCAGGCUGUCGGCUUCAGACAAGGCAGCAAUAAGGAAGGAGCUGAAUGAGUUCAAAAGUAACGAGAUGGAGGUUCACAAUUCCAGCAAGCACCUGACAAGGUUCCAUCGGCCGUAGUGUAGUGGUGGUUUCUUCUGCAGAAGCUGGGUGGUCCAAUUAUCAGUGAAGACCAUGUGACAGUGUUCCCAGGCCCUUACCCACGGCCCCAGACUGUCCUGUCUUGAUAUGUGGGCUAGUUCCCGAAUGUUCGACCUACAGAUAUCUGUCUGUCUUUGUGCCAACUUGGAGGCUGUCUGUCUCUCUGUGUGUCACCAUGGAGGCUGUGUCUCUAGAGCCGGCGCCCAGGAAAGAUCACAGGAAACAUCAGACUGAUAUUCUCUUAAAGGAGCUAUCAAAACGUCUCUGGUCGCUUUCUCCUAGACGUCAACCAAUGAGAAAAAGAUUAAUGAAAAAGAUGACAGCACUUGUUAGUUCACAAGUUGUUUCUCUCCAUUCACUCCAUACCAGCAGUCUAAAAUAAUCAGAAAACUAUUGCCAUGCAACAAAUGUUGCUAAGAAUUUAUCUUGGUGUGGUGAAGGUUAAAAAGCAUCCUACGAAGAAGGCUAAAGGAUGAAUGAGUACAUCCCUGAGACUGCUGCUGUGGAAUAAACUGAAAUAAAUAACAUUGACUGUGAGUGCUGGGGGUCUGUUUUCAUAGUGGAGUUGGAUCCUUGGAUCAGCCGCAGGAGGAACUACGAGGAGCCUCCAACCUGAAGGAACCAGCCUGAUCGCUGUGUUCACCCUUCUAUUUCACUUCACGCACCAACCUCGCAUUCCUCCUCAGUUUGAUCCCGUGUCUGUAACGAGAGGCAGUAUUCAAAACGUACUUAUCAGCGAUUGCAUCACCUUCAACCAAUCACUGUUUCUGAGAGGAAUCUGAUUGGAUCAGCCAUUUUCUGGUGUAUUCCAAACACAUUCUGGAUAAAGACUAGACGGAUAAGUGCAGUUAAACAGAAUGGUGAAGGCAGCGAUCAGGCUGGUUCCUCCAUGCUACCUCCUCCAACCUGCUCAGAGGAAACAGCACAUCUCCUUCAGAGGACCAUCUGAACAUUUUCCUCGACACCUGUUAGAGGACGGAGGAGACACCUUGUUUCCUCGGUUACAGGACGGAGGAGACACCUUGUUUCCUCGGUUAGAGGACGGAGGAGACACCUUGUUUCUUCGGUUAGAGGACGGAGGAGACACCUUGUUUCCUCUGUUAGAGGACGGAGGAGACACCUUGUUUCCUCGGUUAGAGGACGGAGGAGACACCUUGUUUCCUCGGUUAGAGGACGGAGGAGACACCUUGUUUCCUCGGUUAGAGGACGGAGGAGACACCUUGUUUCUACAUGUUAGAGGACGGAGGAGACACCUUGUUUCCUCGGUUAGAGGACGGAGGAGACACCUUGUUUCCUCGGUUAGAGGACGGAGGAGACACCUUGUUUCUACAUGUUAGAGGACGGAGGAGACACCUUGUUUCCUCGGUUAGAGGACGGAGGAGACACCUUGUUUAUACAUGUUAGAGGACGGAGGAGACACCUUGUUUCCUCGGUUAGAGGACGGAGGAGACACCUUGUUUCCUCGGUUAGAGGACGGAGGAGACACCUUGUUUCCUCGGUUAGAGGACGGAGGAGACACCUUGUUUCCUCUGUUAGAGGACGGAGGAGACACCUUGUUUCCUCUGUUAGAGGACGGAGGAGACACCUUGUUUCCUCGGUUAGAGGACGGAGGAGACACCUUGUUUCCUCGGUUAGAGGACGGAGGAGACACCUUGUUUCCUCGGUUAGAGGACGGAGGAGACACCUUGUUUCCUCGGUUAGAGGACGGAGGAGACACCUUGUUUCCUCGGUUAGAGGACGGAGGAGACACCUUGUUUCUACAUGUUAGAGGACGGAGGAGACACCUUGUUUCCUCGGUUAGAGGACGGAGGAGACACCUUGUUUCCUCGGUUAGAGGACGGAGGAGACACCUUGUUUCCUCGGUUAGAGGACGGAGGAGACACCUUGUUUCCUCGGUUAGAGGACGGAGGAGACACCUUGUUUCCUCGGUUAGAGGACGGAGGAGACACCUUGUUUCCUCGGUUAGAGGACGGAGGAGACACCUUGUUUCUACAUGUUAGAGGUCGGAGGAGACACCUUGUUUCCUCGGUUACAGGACGGAGGAGACACCUUGUUUCCUCGGUUACAGGACGGAGGAGACACCUUGUUUCUACAUGUUAGAGGUCGGAGGAGACACCUUGUUUCCUCGGUUACAGGACGGAGGAGACACCUUGUUUCCUCGGUUACAGGACGGAGGAGACACCUUGGAAUGCGUGCCAAAUGGCACCUUAUUCCUUAUUUUAUAACAGACUCUUUGAAAGCUGAAAGAACGAUGGCAGAGGAAGGAUGUGGUGCAUGUGAUCAACAAACCCUUUCCUCUCCUCUUCAGAAACGCUAGUAGAAGGCUGCAAAACUCUACAAAUUCUCCCAAAAUUCUGAGGUAUUCCAGAAAAUUCCAGUUGGAGGGUUUCAGGAUUUUAUGUUUAAUUAAAUAUGAAUUAAAUAUGUUUAAUUUAUUCCCUCCUGAUUCCAGGAAUCUCUAACCAGGAUUUCUGGAAAACCUGGUGGGACCCUAAACGCUCGUCUCCCCUCCAGCACCCAUCUUUCUCUAUGGGCUGACAGUGUUCUUGUUAUUCAUGUUGUUGGUGACCAUGUCUGUCUAAAGCAGGGGUAUCAAGCUCAUUCCACGGCGGGUCGAGGGUCUGCAGCUUUUUUGGUUUUUCCUUUCAAUUAAGACCUAAAUAGUGACCUUAAUUCAUCAAUCAAGUACAAGGGUGGAUAGAUAUCCUUCAGAGACACAGCCACCCGUGGAAUGAGUUUAACACGUGGUCUAAAGCACCUUUGUAAGCACUAUUUAUCGUCUGCACAAUACAAGUUGUGACUUUUUAAGAACUGC